UACGUGGUGCGGCAGGGCAGCUCGGGCAGCACCCUCCACAUCCUGUGCUACGGCUCCGCGACCUCGGAGGUGGACGGGGUGGUGCUCGGGCCCCUCCUGGAGCCCGGCGAGUGCAUAGGGGUCGACAACAUCUUCGGCGCGCGCGCGACCUACAAGCGCAGCGUCCGCACCCGCACCGUCUGCCACUUCCGCCACCUGACGCGGGCUCAGAUGGAGACAGUCGUGAUCAAGAACCCGGCCGAGAACGAGCGGCGCCGCGCGCGCGGCGCGUCUGCCUCCUCCGUCGCUGCCGCGGCCGCCGCCGCCGCAGAGCUCUCUUCCACGCAGACCGCAUGGCUUUCCAGCGACGACGGCUACUUCACCGAGAGCCAGCUCGUCUCAGCCACCCCGCCGGCUGGUGCUAUGGGUGAUUCUGAUGACCGCUCUCCUCCUGCCGCUCCUCCUGGGAGCAUCGACGAACUUCGGGCCUACGUCGAGAGCACCAAGACCAGCGUCCUCUCAGGCAUGUCUGCUAUGCGUCAAACCAUGGCCGCGCUUGAGAAGUCUAUCACCGUCCACGUGCAGGGACUCAGCUGCCAGGUCGAGCAGCGGCUCGCCAAGCAGGAGGCCACCACCAAGACGCUCCAGACCCGCAUGGACAUCAUGGCGGGCGAGAUCUCCGAGCUCAAGAAGGCCCUGCUCCUCGUCCAAAGCUCCGACCCCGUCCCUUCCCCUGAGGCAGCCUCCAGCAACUUCGAGCGGAAAACCGACCCCUCCGUCCUCGUCCUCCGCUCCAACUCCUUCGUCACUAUGGCCUCGGUCCGCACCGCCAUCACCCCCUGGCUGGCGGACGCCAAUUUUGAAGAUUCGUUCUGGCGCCUGGAGGGGCAGCCCGCUGGCAAGAGAUUUAUCGUACGUGUUCGUGGUGCCCCUGGUUGGUCUUCCAGGAUGGUUUCACAAGCCCUAUCAGCUAUGCGGGUGGGAGAUGGCGAAUUCCGUCGCCUUCAGGCACAAACUACCACGGGGGAGUCGAGCCCCCUCUACGUCUCGGCGGACAAGAACUUGUGCCAGGUGCGGCGUGAGCUGGCCACCAAACUUGCCAGACGCGCGAUGUCCGAGACCUACCCGAAUGUUCAGCUGCACGCCGACAAGUCGACGGGCAUCAUCAGCUCCAACUGGAAGCCGCUCAUCAGGGUCACGCCCAGGCUUUCUGAACCGACAUUGGUCGAGUGGGAGACGACCAACCUCACCGCAGCGAACAUGUCCCGCGAGAACUUGGAGGAGACGCAUGGCAGUGAGUUCGACGUAGCCGACUUCUUACACUUCUCAGCCUCGGGGUAUGAGGCACACCACUCUUUCUUCUCCGAGCUGAACAAAGGCGGCGUGGUCACCCUGCUGCCUAGGAUCUCUUCUCUCCCUGGGGAUGGUAAGUACGUCGAUUCCACCGUGCUUGUGCAGGGGCGUGCCCUGCACACGAAGAUUUGCCUCGGCUCGGUCAACGGCUCCGUCAACGGCUCCCUCCACUUCAUCUCGCACUUCAACAUCCACAAUUUCGGGCUUACCCCCGCCCAGACCAGCCGCAUCCUGAGCGUCAUCCGCCACGAGCUCGAGAUCGCGAGCCGCGACACGGAACGCUACCUGGUCGUGGUCACGGGCGACUUCAACAUUCCGCGUGACGCCCCGCUGCCUGCGCACCCCCUUCCUGGUGGGCUGGCUGAAGACCCUGCCGCGCCCGAGUUCCGCCGGCUGCUCCGCUCACCUUGGCAGCAGAUUUUCAAUGCGACGGUCGAGCUCGACCCGCAAGACAAUGCGCACUACAAUGGCUCUCGCCAACACACAUCCGCCAUCGACCGCAUCUUCAUAUCCUGGCCUGGCUGGAUCCUUACUCUGCUACAUCUGACCUCGGACGUUCGGGACCUCCCUGAAUCACUAGAACAACGGGGCCUCUCAGAUCACGCUCCCAUCCUGGCCUCGCUGCGUGCUCGACCUCCCCCUUCCCUGGACGACAGGCCGAUUCCCAGAUACCUGUUUGAACACCCGCAGUUCCAGAAGUAUGUGGAUGCCACCUGGCCCGCUAUUGAUAUCUCGGAGCUCUCACCCCCACUGGCCCUGGAAAUGUACAAAACCGUCCUGAAGGAGGGGGCCAGGUACGCCAGGGACGCGCUCUUCCAGGUGGUGUGCAAAAUUCAGAGGGGGUUCGUGCCGUCCAGGAACUUUGGGAACAACACUGUGGAGCUCGAUGGGGCCUCGAGGGAAUACUCCCAGCAGGACGACGUCUCCGUAGCCAUGCCUCUGCUCGUCAGUUUCGAUUUUCAGCAGGCCUUCCCAAGUGUGGCCCAUCAAUGGCUCUUCUUGGUUCUCCGUCGCGCGGGCUUGCCCGAGGCGCUAUGUUGGUUCUUCGCCGAGCUGUACCGCUGCGUCCAAUGCUGGUCGGCCAAUGCGUGUUCCUCGUCUAUCAACAACUCUGUCUAUGGAAACGCUGCGCUGCUCUACUACAUCCAGAGCGGCAUAGUGCAAGGUUGCCCUGGCUCGGGCUUCUUGUUCGCAGUGGCCGCGGACCCGUUCAUGCUUGAUUUCGACUGGAGUAUCAAUCGUCGUGCCCUCGGGCUGGUUCGUGCUUGCGCCGACGACGUCGGUGCUGCCAUCAGGUGGUCCAGCCAGUCUGGCCUGAGCCUGAAACGUCCUCGCAACUAUCUCUACAAAGUCACCUACUCCAGCGCCAAAUGCUCUGUCUACGUUCGCGUCGUGCAGAUGAGCCACCGUGUUAUUCACGUGCUCCAGAUUCCGCUCGUUCAGACCGGCAUGCUGUUCCGCCUGCGGUUUGAUCACAUGCUUCCACGCCGAGUUGACGCCGGGGAGUCUGUUAUGGUGCGAGAACCAUUCGAGGACUUCUUCACUCUUGUGCACCCCUGUUAUUUGGAGGAGACGGUGUCAACGUCGCAGCUGCUGAUGUGGGCGACGGAGGAAUGGGCGCGGAAGAAGAGAAGGCGGCGGGGCUUGCUCGUGGGACCGGCCCGGCUGCGACGGUGGGUGGCGGUGUUCGAGGAGGCGUGUAUGGAUCAUCUGCGGACCGUCGGAGAUACAUGGUUGGCGUUGGGGUCGCAUGACGGUGAGCUCCGACACGGCGUCCAUGCUGGUGAGAUCAUGAGAUUCGCGUUGGCCCGGUACGGCACGGCCGGAGUAGCGCUGCCCUGCCAGAUCAUCCUGCGCACGUACUCCCGUUUUGACGGGCUCCUGGGGGCGAACGGAGUGGGAGUCUCAAUGUCGUUCACCCGAGCAGAACUCGAGGGGGAAGGGCCCGCGCUCGGUGCAUGGCCGUGCGAGGAGGAGGUGCGGCCUGAGGGCGAGGUUGCCGUUCUCGAGGUAUACAAUGUCACCGGGGCGGACAUUGCGAACACGACGUACAAACCUGUAUGGCAGAGCGCGGGGCAGGACUCGCCGGUGGCCGCGCCUAACAAGACGAGUGCCAAAGCCGGAAACGGAAGCGGGGACAAUGUAAAGCAGACGGAGGUCACCGAAGCCGACACGAAGGCCAAGCGACCGCGAAUCACAGGGAAGACGAAGCCCGGUGACGCCGCAGGGCCAGGGGUCGGCGGCCCAACCGACACAGGCGGUACAGCGGUGCCAACGCACACCACGUCGAGCACCGGCGCUACCCUAGCGGGUGACGGCGAGGGCCAUGCAGACGCGCCAGGAUACGUGUAUCGGGUCCGCGCUGCAAAAGUGUCGGACGACCCGCGACGGAAAAGGGAGAAGGAUUUGGAGAGAGUGGCGACAGAGCACGUGAAGGACGCACCCACGUUGCCCGCUGUCUCGGCGAAUGGGGCUGCCUUAUGUGGCGGCGUCCCGACAUCGGUAGGAGCAGUAGAAUUGCCGAGGAAACACUGCGCCUUCAAACGUUGUUGGGAGGGCGACUGGACGCCUUGCCUCUGGCAUGGAGCUUCGGACGCAGACCUAUGCGCUCACCUGCUGCAGGAGCAUCGUGAGCAGCUCGAGGACAUCGCAACCUCGCUGGAUUGCGUUUCUGCCGAAGGCGAGAAGAGCGAGGAGUUGCGCUACCUGUCUGCGUACAACGAGGUCUUGGCAUGGAAGGUACGUCAAGCUCUCGCUAAUGACAUGAUGACGUUCUACUCGCCGGAAGAGCUAUUCGCAGGAAACGUAGCGCUGCUCGAGAUGAUUUGUGCGUCCGUGUGCGUGACUUCGAUGGUAUGUUUCACCCUGGAGAAGCGGUAUCGCAACGAACGAUCUUUUGACAUGGAGGCGGGGAACAACACGCGUCGUAUGGCUGCUCGCGGGAACGCGACGUCCUUCCCGAUGCCGUGGACGGACAUGCUCGCGCAGCUGACCGCCUUGGAGGAAGGGGCGUCGAAGGCAAGGCCGCCGUCGGUGCCGCGGACAGGCAAAGAACUGGCAGACAUAGUGUCAGUGAUAUUGAAGUCCGGGGGAGACGACGAUACGGCAGCGAGCAUGGCGAAGUUCAUACAUCAGGCAGUAGUCCGUCGGGAUGUGGUCGUAAAGCUGAUCGAGGGGGCGAAAAAGCGUGGGCACCGAGCGUAUCAGCACGUUUGCAUGGAAGAUGUGCGACAAAAAGCUGCGGAGCUGCCUGAUGGUGAGGUGCCGCCCGAGAUCAUGCGUUUGGUGCCUUUGGACAACGAGCUGGACAAGAUACAGAUGCAGAAGGCGGCGACGCCAGUUCCGCGCCCGGAUGGGUUGCAGGAAGCGGCGGAGAUCUUGGAAACGGCGAAAGGCAACGCCGUGGUUCUGGAGAAGAGCAGCUUCGAUGACGGGGAUAUCAAUGCCCAGCGCGUGGAAGCCUUACGAAGUUUUGUACAGAGGGUGUCGCCAGAAUGCGAACACGAUGGAACCAGCGAGCGCACGGAUCAUAGCGAGAGUGAGUCGGAGCACGAAGGUGCCCGAGCGAAGCGCCCGCGCGAAGGCGGGCGAGAAACGGAGCCCGACGUCGCGCCGGCGAAGGAGAGGGAAGACGCGAGAUUUUUGACAGAGGCGCUGGAGAGGACGUGGUUUACGUACGUGUCAGCGAACCCGAAGGACCUGGACGCGCAGAUCACGGCCGAGGAAAUCAGCGAAGGGGCGAAGCAGAUCUACCGUGCAUUGGCGGGGAAAUACCAGGACGUGAACGGUAAGAAGCAGAAAGUCAUGGGAGACAUGACGAAAGUGCGCCACGUCCCGGGCCUAGGUAGAGCUGCCCACAAGUUGCUCGCGAACAUCGAGCACACGUCCCGGCGGCUACCAGGGACGCAAGAGACACGACGGGUCAUGCGGUUCCAAACGAACGCGCUCCGCGUACGGUACGGGGUCCCCAUUUUCGUUACCUUUUCUCCCGACGAAGGGCACAAUAUGAUCAUGGUACGGUUGUCGCGCACGCGGCGCCGUGACCCCGUCCACAAUGCGGCGGACGACGCCGACGACGCGGCUGCGUCACGGGCCGCUGGUAGUAAGGAGUGGCCACAGGUCGCUCCAGAGACGGAUGAUGUGCGCGCGGCAAUCCCGCUGGCGGCGAUCCUGUCGCGAGUGUUGCGGGGAGACCCGAUGGACUGGGAUGCAAUCGAGAAGGAGUUCAUGCCUGCAGGGAUGUGCGCACUGUGCUCGUCGGUGAAGUACAAGAACCAGUACGCGGUCGGGCAGUGGAGCCGGGACGACGGUCGCCGCGUGUGCCAGGUGUGCUUGGAAGGCAAGAAGAGCAGUGGCACGCCGUGGCAGUGCACGGAAUGCUUUCUGUGGAAGGGCCAGGAUGCGUUCCAUGCAUCCCAGCACCACAGCUCGAGACUCACGUCACGGCGUUGCGUGGACUGUCCUGAGAGGCGAAAGUGUUAUGUAUGCGAGGGCCGGAAGUACGAGGAGGCGUUCGUGGGUUUGCAGUGGGACAAGGCAGGGAACGCCCGAUGCAAAGGGGGAAUGUGCCGGGACUGCGAAGACGCGAAAACGCACCUGAAGUGUUCGCGCUGCGGCCAGGAGAAGUUACUAGAUCAAUUUGCCAAAGCGGAAACUAUCAUCAGCGAGGAACCCACUUGCAAGGCUUGUAAGAGGUUGCAGAGAGAGGAGGAGAAGGCCCGUGCCGAAGAGGCAAAAGAGCGCGUGUGUUCCAACUGCGGAAUCCCCAAAAGGAGAACCGAGUUUUCAGAGUACAUGCUGAAGAACGCGCCGAAAGCGUCGAUGCAAUGUAGGGAAUGCGUAAACGCUGCAGCAGCAGAGCGGGAUCAGGCGGCGAGGAAGGACAUUAAAACUUGCGUGGUGUGCGAGAAGGCGCAACGGCAAGAUUGUUUUUCGGAUUGGAUGUGGAACGGCGUUGCAGAUCUGCACCGCAAGUGCAAGCGCUGCGUCGCUGCGCCGAAGAAGGACAUGAAAACGUGCGCGGUGUGCGAGAAGGCGCACCGGCAAGAUUGGUUUUCUGAUUGGAUGUGGAACGGCGUGGCAGAUCUGCAUCGUAAGUGCAAGCAGUGCGUCGCUGCAGGGAGGAAGGAAGUGAGAACGUGUGUAGCGUGCGAGAAGGCGCAACAGAAAGAUUGUUUCUCUGAAAAGAUGUGGGACGGCAGGGCAGAACAACACCGCAAGUGCAAGCGAUGCAUCGACGACGCGAAGCUGCGGCGCGGGAAGUGGAAAUGCGUUGAAUGCAAAGGCGCUUUCGGCAGGGACGAAUACAGCAGCUGGUUGGCCGGGCGAACGACGCAGAAGGCGGAUGGGAAGCAAAG